AUGAUCAUUGACGAAAACAAGGAGUCGGAAGAUGUUGGGAUGAUUGCGCUUCGAAUCAAACGACGGGUGAUACGGUUGGAAUUGGUGCUGAAAUCAGUGUUUCAACUUGAAGUCAAACGACGAAUGAUGCGGUGGAAUCAGCGCUGGAAUCAGUGGUUUCAGUUUAGGAUCAAACGACGAGUGAUACGGUGGAAUCAGCGCUUUCAAAUUAGGAUCAAACAACGAAUAAUACGAUGGCAUCGGUGGUUUCGAUUUAGAAUCGAACACAUGAUACAGUGGAAUGCAUGGUUUCGAGCUCGCGAGCAACUUAUGUGGUGGAAUCGAUGGUUUCCACUUGGAAUCAAACCAAUGAUAUGGUGA